ACCAUUGCACAUUUUGCAACGGAGCUAAUCUUAGCUAGAGCAAGACAGAUUUGCGCGAUGGGGUGUGGGAAGAAGAUGGCGGCGCUUGCGUCCUUGUUCGGGUUCAAGACCAAGAGACUGGAGGAGGAAGAGGCCACGGCGGCGACGCGGCAGCAGCAGCAUGCGGCGGCACCACCGCAGCAGAGGUACCAUCAUCACAGGGUGCGGCCGAGCGACGACGACGACUACGCCCGGCACUGGUUCGCCGAGCGCGACAUCGACCGGAAGGCCUCCGAGUUCAUCGACAAGGUCCACCGCCGGAUGCUCGCCAACGAGCAAGACGGAUAGUACAACAUGCCGAUGGAUCCAGCUGUGUGGGUGGUCUAGCUGGUCGAGCUUUGCUGCUAGCUACGUCGUGCAUGCAGGCUCUGUGUGCAUGGUUGCCUUUUGUGUGCGCGCGCGCGCGAUCAAUUGCUUUUGUUUUGACUGGGU